UCUCAUCGUUCUCGAGUUUAUUUGUGUUCGUUUUACUUUAUUUUAUUAUUUUCGUGUGCUACUGAUGGCGGUGAGCUUCAGCAAAUCUGCAUUUCAGGUAAAAUCACUCACCGAUUCACCGUGAAGCUCCGAUUUUGUUGCCGGAGGAAGGAACGGAAACGCCGUCGUAUUGGGUGGCUGUCUUUAAGUCCUCGGACAGAAACAAAGGCUCAAAGUCUUCUUCUAGUCAAAUCGAAUCCACCACGAAUUGUGCUUGGUGUGAACUUGCUUGAUUAUUCCCGUUGUUCCGUUCACUCGAGUUCAUCUCCGGUUUAGUUUUUUAAAGGUUCGUUAAGCGGUGGGAUGAACUACGAAUCGUAUGAUAGCAGCGGAACAGAUGAUGAUCUGCCUCCCUCUCAUAGAGUUUCUAGAGGAGGGCGUGUCACUGGAAAUGGAAGACCUUCUACUCUCCCUCCGUCAUACUCAAAGAUGCAUGAAGAUGCUGAUAUGGAAGCCCAAAUUCACCAAAUCGAGAAAGAAGCGUACAUUUCCAUUCUCAGAGCCUUUAAAGCCCAAGCAGAUGCAAUAACAUGGGAGAAAGAAAGUCUGAUAACGGAACUCCGAAAAGAGUUGAGACUAUCAAAUGAGGAACACAGGGAGCUUCUAGGCCGUGUUAAUGCAGAUGAUACAAUACGUAGGAUAAGGGAAUGGAGACAAUCUGGAGAAAUGAAAUCGGGUAUGCGGGAUGCUGGUCAAGCUGUUCAUGAUGCAUUGCCGAGUCCUUCUGUCUCAACAUCUCUUAAGAAACAGAAGCCUAACCAGCCAAUACCUUCUCAGCCAUUCACCGGUCCUUCACCUUCGUUUCAUGCUCAAGCUGGGCCUAUGCACCAACUAUCUUCAUCAACAGCUAAACGGGGAUCUGUUCCAAGUGCCAAGGGCAAAAAACAUAAACCAGUUUUGCCCGGUUCAUCUUCCACGAAAUCGAUGUCAUAUUAUCCUUUAGACCAAAACCCGAGGGGACAAGUCGUGAACAGGAUACCUUCUCGAGCUGCCUCUUCUGGUGAACCCACGGAAGGAGUAGCAUCUUUGGUAGGACGAAGAGUUAGGACCAGGUGGCCUGAGGACAAUACAUUUUACGAGGCUGUUAUCACGGAUUAUAAUCCAGUUGAGGGUCGUCAUGCCCUAGUCUAUGACAUUGGAACGGCUAGUGAGACAUGGGAAUGGGUCAACCUCUCGGAGAUCUCUCCAGAAGAUAUGGAGUGGAUAGGAGAGAAUCCUGUUAUUGCUCAUCGAUAUGGUUACAAUGGACUAAAUAGAUCAAAAGGACCCAACAACGUUCUUGAAAGGGGGAGAGGUUUACCAAAGAAUCCAAUCAGAAAAGAUUUCAGGACAUCGCAGAACGGAAUUGGAAAGAAGACAUCAAGGGACAUACGAAUUCGUCAGACAGAUGUACUGAUUAGAGAGGUGGAGAGAGUGCUUGGUUCAAAUAACCCCGACCCUCAAGAAGUUGCAAGGGCGAGGAAAGUUUUGGAGGAACAAGAGCAUGCACUUGAGGACGCAAUUGCAAGGCUUGCAGAUAUUUCUGACGGAGAAAGUGAGGGAGGUUAUCAUCUGUAGCUUUGUUACGCACCAAGAAGGGCAACUUCACUUCCCAGAGACAGUCUGCAAAAAUGUGUACAUUGGGUGGGUGACAAAGAAUGCCAUUGGAGGUUUAGAGUCUCGACUUGUCCUUUUUCUUCUACCUGAGUGUAAAUUUUUGCUGACCAACGAUAAAGCUCUAUCCGCUCCGACUUUGCUCAUGGCAAUCAUCUCUGGGUGAUCAUCAAAUGUCACAGGCACUGUCAAUUAUGGUCUUUUUUUU